ACAUCAAAAACUAAAUUACUAGUGUUAUUUCGAGAAUAUCAUCUUACCAAGGAAAAAAGAAGAUGCCCGCGAACUGGCACAUGUACGCCGGCGCCGGAGCGGCCGUGGUGAUAGUGGCGCUCCUGGUGGGAAUGUUCCUGACGCGGCGUCGCUCUGGCGGCGGCAGCAGCCCCGCUGCAGAGUGACUGCUGCCUCCCUGCCCCAGCCUCAAGUCGCUCGAGGUCAGCUCCGAGCGCAUCACCGGAGGAGGUCCUGGCUCACAUGGAGGCUACUGGAGGCUACUGGAGGCUACUGGAGGCUACUGGAGGCUACUGGAGGUGGUCUCUCGGGACAUCCACUCCAGAGGCGGCCAGGCUGUGCAGCUCGAGGCAACGGCCUGUUCCAGCUGUGACCCCGGACCAUGACAACUGCGUAGCUUCAUAGCGUUUGGCGAGCUCUCGAGUGGACUCACGUACAACCGACAUGCUCCUGCCGUCAAAUAAACAAAAGAUGCCCGAUGACUGGCAGUUGUACGCCGGCGCCGGGGUGGCAGCCGUGGUGGCGCUCCUUGCGGGAGUGUUCCUGGUGCGGCGGCUCUCUGGAGGCUCCAGCAGCCAGGAGCAGUCUGGCCCCGGCGGCUCCGCUCCACAGGAGGACUGUGUGUCCAGCAGCUCCGAGUCGGAGGACGAGUGCUGACUCCUGCUUCCUCAAGUCAAGAUGCCCGCGAACUGGCACAUGUACGCCGGCGCCGGAGCGGCCGUGGUGAUAGUGGCGCUCCUGGUGGGAAUGUUCCUGACGCGGCGUCGCUCUGGCGGCGGCAGCAGCCCCGCUGCAGAGUGACUGCUGCCUCCCUGCCCCAGCCUCAAGUCGAGAGAGGUGCCGAUGGACGCCGACGGGGCGGUGGUCGUGCAGGCCGACUGGCUGGAACAGCCACUGGUGGGCGGCUUCCGCACGUGGCACAUCAUGUUCCUGAGCUUCGCCAGCCUGCUGGCCCUGGUGGUGCUGCUGUGCUGCUGCCUGCGGUUCCGCAUCCCGCGCACCAAGCAGGAGAUCGAGGCCGACUACGUGCGCAAGAAGAUCGCGCGCCGGUUCCAGAAGCAGCUCCAGUCCAUCGCCAACUCCGACAUGGACGACAUGGAUCUCAAGAAAGCCCUGGACCGAGUGCUCGCCGAGCUCAAGUCCGAGUCGGAGUCGCGGGGCGGCUCGGAGGCCUCGGGCAGCUCGGCGGCGGCUCGGGGACAGCUCGAGACCGACGACCCGGAUGGCCGCGGGGAAGUGAUGGACGCAGACACGAAGCUUGGAGCCGUCGCGGAGACAUGCUUCAGCAAGCCGGCGAUCAAGCGGCAGGACUCCGUGCUGUCAUAGAGUCACUCCAGUGCGCAGCUGAAGCAAGUCUCCGAAAUACACUAGCACUGUGUUCUCCUUUACGAGGGGUCUCCCGGAAACACUCGGCAUGUUUCACUUUGUGUUCAUCACAAUUAUGCAUCAUUUGGAAAGAAUAAAUGUGUUUCAUAUCAA